AUGAAACCAUUAGCAGCAUCAGACAGCAAUGGAGUCCCGAGCCAGCAAGAUAAAACCCCGCUCCCCGCAGACUUCAGCAGACUUCACCUGGCCGACGGCUUGCAUCCACAGGUGACCCACGUCUCCUCCAGCCACUCAGGAUGUAGUAUCACCAGCGACUCUGGAAGCAGCAGCCUGUCAGACAUUUAUCAGGCCACAGAAAACGAACCAGGUGACAUGGACCUGAGCGGCUUGCCGGAGACCGCCGUCGACUCCGAGGAGGACGACGAUGAGGAGGACAUCGAGCGAGUGUCGGACCCCCUCAUGAGCCGGGACAUCGUGCGGGACUGCCUGGAGAAGGACCCCAUGGACAGAACCGACGAUGACAUCGAGCAAUUACUGGAGUUCAUGCAUCAACUGCCAGCAUUUGCCAACAUGACCAUGUCAGUGAGGAGGGAACUCUGCGCCGUCAUGGUUUUCGCUGUGGUCGAACGCGCCGGCACCAUCGUUCUCAACGACGGAGAGGAGCUGGACUCGUGGUCGGUGAUCCUGAACGGUUCGGUGGAGGUGACGUACCCCGAGGGCCGGACAGAGAUCCUGUGUAUGGGGAACAGCUUUGGGGUGUCACCAACCAUGGAGAAGGAAUACAUGAAGGGCGUGAUGAAGACCAAAGUGGACGACUGCCAGUUUGUGUGCAUAGCCCAGCAGGACUACUGCUGCAUCCUCAACCAGGUGGAGAAGAACAUGCAGAAGGUGGAGGAGGAGGGGGAGAUCGUUAUGGUGAAGGAACACCGCGAACUGGACCGCACCGGCACCAGGAAAGGACACAUCGUCAUCAAGGGCACGUCGGAGCGUCUCACCAUGCACCUGGUGGAGGAACACUCAGUGGUGGACCCCACCUACAUCGAGGACUUCCUGUUGACCUACAGGACCUUCCUCUCCAGCCCCAUGGUCGUGGGCAAGAAGCUCCUGGAGUGGUUCCAUGACCCCAGUCUCAGGGACAAGGUUACACGUGUAGUCUUGCUGUGGGUGAACAAUCACUUCAAUGACUUUGAGGGUGACGCUGCCAUGACUCACUUUCUGGAAGAGUUUGAAAACAAUCUGGAGAAAGAAAAAAUGUGUGGGCACCUCAGACUGUUAAAUAUAGCGUGUGCUGCUAAAGCCAAGCCGCGGCUGGUGACGCUCACCAAGCCGUCCAGGGACUCUCCGCUGGCCUUCAGCCUUCUCGGAGGUCAGGAGAAAGGUUUCCGCGUCUUCAUUGAUGCCGUGGAGCCUGUGAGCAAAGCAGCUGAUGUCGGCCUUAAGCGUGGAGAUCAGAUCUUGGAGGUGAACGGGCAGAACUUUGAGAAUGUCCAGCUCAACAAAGCCAACGAGAUCCUGAAGAACAACACCCACUUGUCCAUAACUGUGAAAACAAAUCUUCUAGUUUUUAAAGAUCUGCUAACCAGGCCAGAACAAGACCAUGAUUUGGACGGCGAGGAGGAACACGACAGAAAGAACGGUGCACCCCACCUUCCAAAGAUCGGAGACAUCAAGAAGGCCAGCCGCUACUCCAUCCCCGACCUGGCGGUGGACGUGGAGCAGGUGAUAGGCCUGGAGAAGGUCAGCAAGAAAGCAAAGUCCAACUCGGUGGGAGGACGCAACAAGCUGAAGAAGAUCUUCGACAAGACGCUCACCAGCAUCCUGCCUCCUAAACCAUACAAUGACGUUUGCGUGGGCCAAUCGCAGGACGACAGCAUCGUGGGGAUGAAGCAGUCCAAACAGAUCGCUCCAGCUCUGCCCGUCAGUGGAAACCUCUCGUCGUCCAAUCCGGACCUGCUGCAGACUCACCACCGCAUCCUGGACUUCAACAACCAGCCUGAUUUGUCAGACCAGGUAUUACGAGUGUUCAAGGCGGACCAGCAGUCUCGAUACAUCAUGAUCGGGAAGGACACGACGGCUAAGGAGGUGGUGGCCCAGGCUAUCAGGGAGUUCGCCCUGACCGCAGCAGCAGAAGCUUAUUCACUGUGUGAAGUGUCCGUCACACCAGAGGGCGUCAUCAAACAGAGGCGGUUACCAGACCAGCUGUCUAAACUAGCCGACAGGAUUCAACUGAGCGGCAGAUACUACCUGAAGAGCAACAUGGAGACGGAGACGUUGUGCUCCGAUGACGACGCUCAGGAUCUCCUGCGAGAGGGCCAGAUCUCUCUGUUACAGCUCAGCACGGUGGAGGUGGCCACGCAGCUCUCCAUGCGGGCCUUUGAGCUCUUCUGUGCCAUCGAGCCCACCGAGUACAUCGACGACCUCUACAAGCUGCGCUCCAAGACGGGCUCGGCCAGCCUGAAGCGCUUCGAGGAGGCCAUCAACCACGAGACCUUCUGGGUGGCCACGGAGGUGACGCGGGAACCCAACCAGCUGAAACGCAUGAAGAACGUCAAGCACUUCAUCAAGAUCGCCCUGCACUGUCGCGAGUGCAAGAACUUCAACUCCAUGUUCGCCAUCAUCAGCGGUCUGAACCUGGCUCCAGUCUCCAGACUGAGGGGAACUUGGGAGAAGCUCCCCAGCAAGUACGAGAAGCUGUUCGGGGACCUGCAGGAUCUCUUCGACCCCUCGCGAAAUAUGGCCAAGUACAGGAAUGUCCUCAACAAUCAGAACCUCCAGCCGCCGAUCAUCCCCCUGUUCCCCGUCAUCAAGAAGGACCUCACCUUCCUCCAUGAAGGCAACGACUCUAAAGUGGACGGCCUGGUGAACUUUGAGAAGCUGAGGAUGAUCGCCAAAGAAAUCCGGCAUGUUGGUCGCAUGGCCUCCGUCAACAUGGACCCGGCCCUCAUGUUCCGGACGAGGAAGAAGAAAUGGAGAAGUUUAGGGUCCCUAAGCCAGGGUAGUGCCAAUGCGGCGGUGCUCGACGUCACCCAGACAGGCGGGCACAAGAAGAGGGUGCGACGCAGCUCCUUCCUGAACGCCAAAAAGCUUUACGAGGACGCGCAGAUGGCCAGGAAGGUCAAACAGUACCUGUCCAACCUCAGCCUGGAGACGAACGAGGAGAGUCUGCAGACGCUGUCGAUGCAGUGCGAACCCUCCAUCAGCACAUUGCCCAAGAAUGCCGGUGGGAAACGGCCGGACACCUCCCCGGUCGUGUCCAGAGCUGCCAGCCAGCAGAGGGGCCAGUUGGCCAAAGGAAACCAGGCCCUGCAGGUCCCGGCCGUGGCCCUUUACCCAUCCCGAAAGAAAGUGCCAGUCAAGGAUCUGCCGCCUUUUGGCACCAGCUCUCCUCAGUCUCUAAAGAAGAUCCUGUCUCUGUCAGAGGAGGGGAACGAAAGGCACCGGAGGCAGCCAGAGGACACUGUGUCCAACGCCUCCUCCCAGCUCUCCUCCCCUCCCACCUCCCCCCAGAGCUCACCCAAGAAGGGUUACAACAGGAUGGGAGACGCCUACUCGGACUCCGGUCACAGUGAGAUCUCCUCUCGCUCCAGCCUCGUCAGUAACUCCUCUUUCGACAUGGCCCAGGAUGAGAGGAGACUCCGUCACUCCGGGGGAGUCGGGGAUUCAAACAUCGGGGGACAGCGGCUGGAGCGAAGAGCCGCCACUGACCCCGACCAGUACAGCCUAGGGUCGUACUCUUCGAUGCAGGACUGUCGGGGCAUCUACACCGGCUGCCCCACAGUGCUCUCCUCACCCAGUUCAGAGGAGCUGACUCAGGAUCAGGGCGAUCGUGUUUCCCUCGAUGCUGCAGACAGCGGCCGCGGCUCCUGGACUUCCUGCUCUUCUGGCUCCCACGACAACAUCCAGACCAUGCAGCAGGGGCGCAGCUGGGAGACUCUGGCCUUUGGAGGAGGUGGAGGCGGAGGCGGCCUCGGAGGGCUCCCUCCCGGCGGACCGGAGGCCUUGUUAGGGGGGCACGCCGCACUGUGGGCAGCCCAGGCCAGGGGCAGCUGGGCGUCCGCCAGCUCCUCCUCAUCCUCAGCUGCGUACUGGGGAGAGGACUCUGAGGGAGACACGGGCACCAUUAAGAGGAGAGGAGGGAAGGACGUGAACGCCGACGCAGAAACAAGUAGCAUCACUUCCACCGGGUCAGAGGAGGCCAAGCAGCUCGGCCGGCCCUCCCCAUCACCCAUCACCGCCGGGGGUAAAGGCCUACUCUCGCGGAAAGAAAGCCGUUAUCGCGAUCCUCCCCCGACUCCCCCCGGCUACACCGCCCUCACCAUCUCCGACCUCGCUGAAGGGCAGCACCCGGCCCCGUCUGUUCCCACGUCCACGGCGACCCACACAGGCCGCCGGCCGCCAGACUACACCACGGCUCUGCAGCGCUCGCGCAUGGUCACCCAGUCGCCCGACUCCCACCAGGCCCACCAGGGGGCCAAACAGCGGGCGGGCGGCCUCCACCGCACACGCUCACCGGCCGAGGAGCAAGAGGCUCAGGAGGAAGAGGAGGGUGAGUCCUUGUCUUCCAAACUAAUCGCUCUGAGGAAGCCAAAGCCAGUGGCUCAGCACACACCUGAGACUCCCAGACCAUGAGAGUGUGUGUACGGGGUUAACAGGCAGGGCCCCUCUCCCCAAGGCAGAGGAUGAACAGGUGUCGGCGGUCUGAGGGACGACAGUGGACGUCCUUUUGCAGUAAAUUGAAGUCCCCCCUGGUUUGGGGGCAGGAUUUAAGAGACUGACAGACGGACAGACCAAUGGACUCAUCAUCAGUUACGUAUGUGCCUGCCUCCUCCACUUGGCUCUCCCUCCUGAUUGGUGGACUCCUCUGCUCGUCUCCCUCCCCUGCCUUAAAGCAUCAUAGGGGGUUGAAUGACCCUGCAUGCAAAAAAAUACUGUGAAGAAGAGAUGGAGAGAAGGUCAAAGACGAUGACACAAUGCCUGGCACUUUGGAAAAAAGAGACUAGAGUAACCUGACUGGUGCCGGAGGGGGGGGGGGUCGAUCUGCCCACAUACACACAAAACCACAUAGAGCCCGGCCCCCACCCAGUGACAAACCCCCACCUGUUAACACAACAGCAUCCUGACGUGUUGAGCUUCAUCUGCACUUUCUCAUUUUCUACUUUCUGAAAAACGGAACAAAUACAAACAGAACGAGGACGAAGAGAAGCUACGGGCGACUUUACUCUCUUCAACUUCCCCCUAGAUUUCAUUUCUUUCUUUCGUUUUGUUAUUUUCUCUGACUGAUUGCUCUUGGAGGUGGGGGGGGGGCUGAAAAAAAAGAGAGAGAGACCAAGUCGGCCCAUUUCUCUGCCUGGACUGAAACAUCCCGUCUGUUUUGAACAUCCAGUAUUAUCACACGUGAAAGCUUCUCAAGUGUUGGUUCAAAUCAGAGCGAGGAGGAGAGCCUAGUAGGGAGAACCAACAUGCACAGUGUACUGACAUCCCUACAUGCACACACACACACACACACACACACACAAAGUACAUUUUACGUACCAGUACAAACACAAUUCAUUUCUAUAAAAAAAAAAUAGCACUUUCAGCACAAUCCUAGAUGUUACCCGACAUUUGGCCUGGACACCAGGGUAUGAGUGAACCAUAUCUUCCUGUCGUCCCACCUCGGAGCUCCUCUGGUUAUAUCGAAGUCUUUUCUUCACACUGUCGCUUGCUGUUACAUCGAGAGGGAAAUGUUUUGUUACUGGCCUGUGGGUGAUAUCAAAAAAAAAAGCACAGAGGUGAUUGACAACACACUGAAAACUGACUGUUAGUCGAGCUAACUAAAGCUGCAGGAGAGAAGAUUUAAUCCUGGAGGUUUCUCCCGCUGCUGGCAGGAAAGCGUUUGAGUCAAAGUACAAAGCGUGAGCAGUAAGCGAGCGCUCACUGGCGUUAAGUGGCCUCUCGUUCCUUUAUUCUGGCGUGAAGGGAUCACAGACCAACAUCAGCAUAUUUCAGAAGCUGCCAACGUGUAAAUUGUGAGUGUACCUCUUAACUAUCUACCUUUUUACAAACAAUCUUGUACAGAGUCUUAUAAUACACAUGUUUCCCUUCAAGGUAAAAGUAUACACAAAUUCAGAUUGGGCUUUUUUUUUUUCUUUUCUCUAACCUCAACAUAAAGCCACAUUUUGUGAAUGUCCAAAGCGCCUUACGAUGCCAUGAUUGCAUACAUUUCUUUGCAUGGUUGUUCCCAUCACAAAUCACCUUGUUUCAGGAGCCGUCUUGAAUCGAGCAAUAGUGGAGUGAAAUGCCUUAUUCAAGAUACUUCCCCAAGACUUUUCUUUUUUUAUGUUAAGACUCAGUACAAGAUGAAGUCGAGCAUUUCCUUUGUGUUCGCGUGGCUUCGGACGGCGUCAGACGGCUUCAGACUUGCCGUGUAGAAGUUUUUGUCUACACGCAGAGCGACCCUGCACCUCUCCCUCGGCUGCCGUGCUCACAGAUUCAUCCUCAGAAGCUCCUCUCGCCUGUUACGGACAUCAGCUCACUGGACGCUGUAGGUAAAUCGCAAACUCCUGCAUUCAGUUUUCCACCAUAUCUUGCCAUCAAUGGAAGCGACUGAAGAUUUUACUUUUCCUUUUUUCUUUGACUCCGGUGGGGAAGUUGACAUAUGAAGAAAACCUUUUCAAGGCUGCCAAUCAGAACGAUUUAGAAAUCCAAUUGUGAAAAGUGACUUUGUGUUUUCUUCUAUCGCUGAGUCGCACUGAUCACAUUGAUCAGUCUUGGAAACUACAGACUGACAAAAAGAUGAAUGAGUGCAGUGUUUUCCACUGUGGUCUGUGACUAUACACUAAUGAUUUCCUGGGUUUCUUUUUGUUAUUGUAUUUUUUUUUUUUUUGUAAUGGCUGCAGAUAGAUUGUUAAUAAUUUGUUUGUAAUACAGUGGUGACAUGCAUCAUUCACUUUCAUUGAACUCUGAAGAUAAUGUGCAUAUUAGCGGGCCCGAGUCCUAUUUCUAAAAACAAAAAGUUGCACAAAAAUGUACAAGCGUAAAGAUAAGUGUAGUAGGUAGAACUGCUACUCCGUUUGAUGUGUGAUGUCAGUGAGAAAUGUACAUUUAGCUGGUGAUGACCUUCUUUUCUUCAUUCUUUCUUGUACUACUUUGACCUGUAUGUCUUUUAAAAAGACAAUUGGUGGAGUAUGUAUCAGUUGUUUUUGUAUUUUUAAUACAAUAAUUGUAAAUAUUGGUUAUAUUUUUGUUCAAAUGUACUAUGUUUAUGCCUCAACAUCCAGUUUAUAUGAAGCUGGGAAUCAAUAAAUACUGCAUAAAGAAUCAACACAUAGUUUUAAAUGCACUUAUUCAUUUCUUCUGCAUUUCGAUGUCUUUCUUUUUCCGAUUUAGUUUUUUUUCCUUCAGGGGAUUUUUCCCCAGAUACCGUCUAGUGUUUGCACAAGUCAUGGAAGCAACUUGAAAAGUGUAACUCUCAUACUUUUCUAUCUGACCGCAGUGUGUCAGAAUUAAUAAAAAAGAGAUAUUGAAGUC